GGAAGUCUAGCGCGAGUACAUAGCAAAACAAGGACAUCCUCAGACUGAAGGGACCCGGCAUCCCUUAACAAGAGUCCCGCUGACAAGCCUCUGCCCCUCUGACAAGGUGCUGAGCCAAUGCCGACUGAUCUCUGAGAGCGGGACAGAGACUGCGAGACACCCCAAUGCUCUGGGGAGUGACUUCUCACUGAGUGGAGCUGACACACUGCGCUGAAGCAAACAAGCAGACAGCCGCAAGCCUGGAACCAACAGGUAGAGCUGACAGAGACUGCAGAAUCAGCAGAGCAGCGAGACUGGAUCCUGCCGCGAGUGGAGCUGACAAGAGAAGGAGCAGCCCAGUCGCUAUACUGGAUCUGACAAGUGGAGCUGACAGGCCGGGGGGCAGCCGCACAGCCCUGUCCGGGAUGAACCUGGAGGUGUUUACACGCACAGGCUUUGUAGACAAGGUGUGUCCUAGUGACCAGGAGGGUAGUUUGGCGUCGCCUCUCUCGAGUCGUGGAGACGAACUGGGGUCAGACGGGGACUUUGUAGCCAACAGCCCGAAUCAUGCCCUCUGUCCCAGAGAUUCCGAAAUGGACACUGACACCGGUAGCCUUGUGGGGGAUGAAGAUGAUGUAGUGGAAGAAGAGGAGGUCAACUCAGAGAGAAAUGUGGGGUCGGGAGAUGCUUCUGACCAAUGCAGAGUACAGAUUGUAGAAGGGGGCAAAGCAAAGACUUACACCCGCCGACCCAAGCCCCCCUACUCUUACAUCGCACUCAUAGCCAUGGCUAUUAAGGACUCAGCCAGUGGGCGCCUGACACUUGCAGAGAUCAAUGACUAUCUGAUGAAGAAAUUCCCCUUCUUCAGGGGCAGCUACACUGGCUGGAGGAACUCUGUGCGACACAAUCUUUCCCUCAAUGACUGUUUCGUCAAAGUUCUACGGGACCCAUCCCGACCUUGGGGCAAAGAUAAUUACUGGAUGCUGAACCCAAACAGUGAGUACACCUUUGCAGACGGGGUCUUCAGACGCAGAAGGAAGCGACUGAACAGGGUCACCAAGUGCCUCAAAGAGCAGGAUCUGCAAGGACUUGCAGAACAGCAGCACCAAAUGAUGAACCCAACAAAAACAAGCCAAAGCUCUUCUCCCUCAUCAAGCCGGCUGAUCAUGUCACCUUCAGCACCACCAUCAUCUUCUACAAACUCCUCCUCCAGCAGGUCUACCAGAGAAACCAGCUCAGGGACCAAGUUCUCCAGCUCCUUUGCAAUUGAAAGUAUCUUGAGUAAACCUUUCCAGAGGAGAGAAAGUGAACCAGAUCCAAGAUCAUUAAGUGGAAGGAUUCUGUGGCCAACAGGUGCUUUGCUGCAUUCUCUCUCCUCUGCUCCUUCUUAUCCUAUUGUACCUUAUACCCCAUCCACUGCAUUGGCUGCCCCAUCUGCUUUGUACCCUAUUAGCCCCCUUGCUAGCAAUGCAUCCUCCUUGCACUUACAACUCUACAGAUACUGCAAGCCUGAAGCCUUGCUACUGCUAAUGGAUCACAGGAGUGAGGGGCAUUUGUCACCAGACCCAAGAGAUGAUCAGUUGUCUCAUCGUACUCCUUCCCACCACCCCCAUCUUUUCUCACCUACCAAGACUCUCUCAGAACAUCUAGGGAACCCUGAGCUCUUGCGCACCCUGCGUACUGCAGGUGCCUAUCAUCCUUAUCGACAUGAGACAUUGCUAGCAUGACAAUGAAGGGAGGGGGAAGGUAUAUGUUAGUUUGUAGCACCCUCUAAAACCUGCUCUUGCCUUUGUCAAUGUAAGUGCCUUUUUUCAAAUAGGAGUGUUGUGACAGAAUUUCCACUGUAUGUAUACUGGUAAUACAAGAGGGGGAAAAUAUGUUACCUUAUUUGGCUGUUAUUAUGCAAUGUUACUGACACCAUUUCAGACUGGCAUGUGUAUACUUCUUAAUAGACACUCAUUCAUGAUUGAUUUCACUGCCAGGAUGAUUUCUUUGUAUAGCCAAUCCAACUGAUAUUUGCCAACAACAUCCCCUGUGAAGGUAUAUAGAAAACUUGUACUUUUAGCUGAUCCAAAGAACAGGCUUGAGAAUCGCCAAUGGAUCCAGAUAACGGACAAGCAAUCCUUGGCAACCCAGCUAUUGAAGUACAACCCCCAGCAUCUUUCCUGCUCAGUUUGUAAAGUCAAUUUAGGUGUUGUUACUAUGCAACAACUGAUGUGCUGGAGGUUCCCUAUGCCUGAUCUAGAGUUGCACUGAACUGUUAAUGUAAUCAUAGCAGUGUCCUUCAAAAAAAACACAGAUCUAUAGUACUCCUUGUAUCCUAUUAGUGUGGCUGUGCCACAAACUCUGCACUGGUCUAUUUCUUCUUUCCUAGAGGUGUGAAAAUUACCUUUAACUGCACUUUUUCCUUAAAAAAAAAAAAAAAAAGAUAUACAAUAUAUCAGCUUUCUUUAUAUUUUUGUGAUGUAAUACAGGGUAUUUGUGCCUAUUCUAGAAAUAUUUUAAGAGGUUAAGGAUUUAUAAUGCAAUUUCUUGAAAUUCCCACAGCAUAAAAUUACCUCGACUUCAGCCAGUUUUCCUGGUUGUUACUUUUAGUUUAACAUUUAUAUAUUUCAGGUGUUUUUUUCUGCCAUUCUUGAAAUGCCAAGUACAGUGCCUACUGUAUCAAGUAGGCAUGCUAUUUUAGGACUAUUCUCUAUGUAUACUGUAUUGCACUGUUCCAAUAUAGUGAGAGAUUCACACAAUCCCAGGUCAUUUCUACUGUAGACACAGGCAUUUCUGUGCCAAAAAUGAUUAAAGCAAACUGUCUGUGUCUUAAAUUAUUUAUAGUUUUUAUAAAGCAAUCUUUAAUGACAGAUGGCUACUUAUUGAUUGUGGCCCAAAUUAAAUCUUUAAAAAUAUAUAUAAAAGCUCGAAUCGAGCUAGAGUAUAGAUUAAUUACUGACAAGAUUUUGUAUUUCAGAAAAAAAAUGCAUAAACACUGCCAACAUUGAGCAGAUUUUUGUCUUUUUGUAUUUGUGUUUUUAUAUGUGUAUUUUAUUGAACUGUGCUAUACUGCUUAUUUUAAAAUAAAAUUGUUGGGAAAAAAAAGGUUUU